UAACGAUACCUAAUAUAAAUGAACUUGUAGGCGACAUACCGCGUAUUUUUCAAGAGAGUGGUACAGUAGUGGCUGUGUGUGCGCGCUGAACAGCCUGCAAUAUGUAUUUGUUUAACGUUUUAUUAUAUUAUAGUAUAUUGGUACUUAAUGUCAGUGCACAGGACUCUCCAAGCACACUUGGUUUAAAUGAAUCUGAAUUUCAAACUACAAGGGAUGGCUGUAUUUGCCAUAUAAAUCAAAGCCCCGAUGUCAACGGCGCUCGAAAAGCUUUAUUCUGUAAACCUGUCGUGGCUACCGACAAGUUAUCUCCAGAACUCCAACAUUCAAUUAAGGCAACAUGUGAAUCGAUGACCAAAGACUUGGAACGCAGAAUCUGGAUUGACCCUUGGUAUAAAAAUUUUCUUAACUAUACUGACAAUGAGAUAAAAACUAGUGAGAUCGAGAAAAUAGAAACUGAAAAUAAGCCAGAGUUAAAAGAAAACAAAAAAGAUGACAGAAAUCAUACACUAAAUGUAGAAAACGAUAAUGUGCCUUUAUUUAUUUAUAUAACCGAUAGAAAUCACAAAAUAUCGGUAGUAAAUAAGAUUGAUGAAAAAAAUAGUUCAGUUAGUGAAAAAAUACCUCCUUUUGUUCAAAACAUAAACAAAACAGAUGGAAAUAACACAUUAAAUGGCAAAAAUUAUACACCUCCCCUUGGAAUUGAAAAUGACGAACAAAGAACUGAAGAAUCUGUAAUACCCCUUCCUACUUUAUAUAAAAACAAAAAUACUGAACUAGUCAAUACAACAAAAGAAGAAAAUGAGCCAAUUCAAAAUUACAGUGAUGAAAACAAAACCUUAGUAAGAACAGAAAAACAACUUUCAGUUCCAAACAUAAACAAUACCCAUGAAAAUAAUACAAUAAAUGGAAAAAAAUAUUCAUUUCCUAUAAGGACUAAAAAUGACGAAAACGGUAGUACUGUAGAUGAAAAACUUGAAAAAAUACAUCAUGCAACCUUGAAUGAGAACAAACCUAUUGAACAAGCCAAUACACGAAAUGACGACAAUAAAUCUGAGCCUACUAAAAUUAACGGAGAAGAAAUACCUUCACUUCCAAAGGCAAAGAAAACUGAUGGAAAUGAUGACAUAAUAAAUUAUGCUAAUCGUCUUGAAAGUAAAAUUGACGACAAAAAUAGCGUAGUAACUGAAGAACAUGAAAAAAUACACCCUCCUAGUUUAAUUAAGAACAAAACUAUUAAACAAGUUAAUACAAAAAAUGAGGAUGAUAAACAUGAGCCACCUUUAGUUCUAAAGGUAUUUAACAAAAAGCUUAAUAACAUAUCUGAUAUACAGGUAUUAGAAGAAACAGUACAACUAGCAAAAUACAUUUGCGCUUGCUCAAACCAGCCUAUAUUAAAAGACACGGGCAAAGUGAACUGCACCGCUUCUGCGGCAUUCGCGACUUUGGGAUCGUUAAUGCUGAGCGACAUCGACGCACUUUGUGAAUACUUAAAAAAUAAGAUUUCAAUAUUAACUUCAGAAAAAAAGGAACCUUCAGUGGGAAAUGAAGACUGUUCGAGUAACGUGAAAAGGUCAGAAAACUUUGAAGGUGCAAAUAUUGAAAAUAUGACACAUCCCGAGACAACAGCUACUGAAGGUUCAAAUAACCAAAAUAUGACAACUACUCCAGAUCCAAAUAACCAAAAUAUGACAUCAACUACUCCAGGUCCAAAUAACCAAAAAGUGUCGACAGCUACUCUAGGUGCUAAUAUCGAAAAUGUGAGUCACACUGAGACACCAGCUACUCCAGGUGCUAAUACGGAAUAUGUAACGCAAACUGAGACAACAGCUACUCCAGAUGCUAAUAUCUUAAAUGUAACGCAAACUGAGACACCAGCUACUCCAGAUGGUAAUAUCUUAAAUGUAACGCAAACUGAGACACCAGCUACUCCAGAUGGUAAUAUCUUAAAUGUAACGCAAACUGAGACACCAGCUACUCCAGAUGGUAAUAUCUUAAAUGUAACGCAAACUGAGACACCAGCUACUCCAGAUGCUAAUAUCUUAAAUGUAACGCAAACUGAGACACCAGCUACUCCAGAUGGUAAUAUCUUAAAUGUAACGCAAACUGAGACACCAGCUACUCCAGAUGGUAAUAUCUUAAAUGUAACGCAAACUGAGACACCAGCUACUCCAGAUGCUAAUAUCUUAAAUGUAACGCAAACUGAGACACCAGCUACUCCAGAUGGUAAUAUCUUAAAUGUAACGCAAACUGAGACACCAGCUACUCCAGAUGCUAAUAUCUUAAAUGUAACGCAAACUGAGACACCAGCUACUCCAGAUGGUAAUAUCUUAAAUGUAACGCAAACUGAGACACCAGCUACUCCAGAUGGUAAUAUCUUAAAUGUAACGCAAACUGAGACACCAGCUACUCCAGAUGGUAAUAUCUUAAAUGUAACGCAAACUGAGACACCAGCUACUCCAGAUGGUAAUAUCUUAAAUGUAACGCAAACUGAGACACCAGCUACUCCAGAUGGUAAUAUCUUAAAUGUAACGCAAACUGAGACACCAGCUACUCCAGAUGGUAAUAUCUUAAAUGUAACGCAAACUGAGACAACAGCUGCUCCAAAUCCAAUUAAACAAAAUAUGACAACAACUACUCCAGAAGCAAAUAUCAAAAAUGUGAAACAUACUGAGACACCAGCUACUCCAGAUGCUAAUAUCUUAAAUGUAACGCAAACUGAGACACCAGCUACUCCAGAUGCUAAUAUCUUAAAUGUAACGCAAACUGAGACAACGGCUACUCCAGAUGCUAAUAUCUUAAAUGUAACGCAAACUGAGACACCAGCUACUCCAGAUGCUAAUAUCUUAAAUGUAACGCAAACUGAGACAACGGCUACUCCAGAUGCUAAUAUCUUAAAUGUAACGCAAACUGAGACACCAGCUACUCCAGAUGCUAAUAUCUUAAAUGUAACGCAAACUGAGACACCAGCUACUCCAGAUGCUAAUAUCUUAAAUGUAACGCAAACUGAGACACCCGCUACUCCAGAUGCUAAUAUCUUAAAUGUAACGCAAACUGAGACAACGGCUACUCCAGCUGCUAAUAUCUUAAAUGUAACGCAAACUGAGACAACGGCUACUCCAGCUGCUAAUAUCUUAAAUGUAACGCAAACUGAGACAACAGCUACUCCAGAUGCUAAUAUCUUAAAUGUAACGCAAACUGAGACACCAGCUACUCCAGAUCCAAUUAAACAAAAUAUGACAACAACUACUCCAGAAGCAAAUAUCAAAAAUGUGAAACAUACUGAGACAACAGCUGCCCCAGCUAAUAACCAGAAUAUGAGACAACCUGAGACAACAGCUGCUCCAGGUGCUAUUAACCAGAAUUUGAGACAACCUAAGACAACAGCUGCUCCAGGUGCUAAUAUCGAAAAAGUGAGACAACCUGAGACAACAGCUGCUCCAGGUGCUAUUAACCAGAACAAGAGACAACCUGAGACAACAGCUGCUCCAGGUGCUAUUAACCAGAACAAGAGACAACCUGAGACAACAGCUGCUCCAGGUGCUAUUAACCAGAACAAGAGACAACCUGAGACAACAGCUGCUCCAGGUGCUAUUAACCAGAACAAGAGACAACCUGAGACGACAGCUGCUCCAGGUGCUAUUAACCAGAACAAGAGACAACCUGAGACGACAGCUGCUCCAGGUGCUAAUAUCCAAAAAGUGAGACGGCCUGAGACAACAACAGUUCCAGGUGCAAUACCAAACAAAACAGAAAGAUCUCCACUAGGACCGAUAGACAAAGAACCUGAAACAUAUAGCAUGGCAACGGUUUUGGGACUCGCCAUUUGUGGGUUUGUUUGUGGCGUCCUACUCGUCAUAGCUGUCACCAUGACAUACAUACGAUACAGAAGAAGAGUGUACGUGACGUACCGACCCUGAAUGAAGAAGAUAGAA